GGGACAGUCAAUGGUGUGCUGCUAGUGACGCCAAAUAAUAUAAUGUUUGAUCCUCAUAAAAUGGAUCCUCUGGUCCAAGAGAACGGCUGUGAAGAGUAUGGCAUCAUGUGUCCAAUGGAAGAAGUGAUGUCAGCUGCUCUGUAUAAGGAAAUUGUGGACAGCAAAAUUAAGGAUUCGUUAAGCAUAGAUGUAGAACAGCUAUCUGUAAGGGAUCUUUGCCAUUCCAAGAAGGCUGCAAAGAGCAAUACAGAUGAAAUGGAUUCCCGGAUUCGGGAUACAGGCAAUGACAGUGCUAGUACUGCCCCAAGGAGCACGGAGGAGUCUCUUUCAGAAGAUGUCUUCACAGAAUCAGAACUCUCUCCAAUACGUGAAGAACUUGUUUCCUCAGAUGAGCUUCGACAAGACAAGUCAUCUGGAGCAUCAUCAGAAUCUGUCCAAACAAUAAACCAGACUAGUGCCGAAUGUUUAACAAUCACUUCAGACGCAAAUGAAGCUUCCAGUGACUUAAAACCCAGUGCCGAAAGGGUUGUAAAUGUUAAACGGUUUGGUACCCACAGCUUAGGUUCGGAAAGUUCUGAAAUGUCUGUAAAGGGGGGACAAGAAUCUGGUGAAAAUAUUGCAGAUGUCCUCCAGCAGUCUUUGCAAGGAUCACAUGGUAGUGAAAAGGAUGACAAAGAGGCAGAAGUGGGCAAAGAUCAAGGCUCCUCACUAGGAAAAGAACCAGAAGGAGAGAGUAAGAUGGGAGAGGAAUGUCCACGUUGUGAAGAUACCACAGACUCGCAAAAGAAAGAGACAGCUAGCAAAGGAAAAGUAGUGAGGGAACAAACUCAAGACUCUGAGGCAGAAGUGGAAGAACUCCGCAAACUCUGGAAGACCCACACUAUGCAACAAACCAAACAGCAAAGAGAGAACAUGCAGCAGGAUUCACAGAAAGAAAUCAGUCAGAAAACUGUGACUGCAGGAGAUGGGCAACUAGAAGGUUCUUCUCUUACGAAAGAAAAAAGAAGACAUCGAUCUCACAAGUUUCUGCGUCUCAGGGUUGGAAAACCCAUGAGAAAAACAUUUGUUUCGCAAGCAAGCGCAUCAAUGCAGCAGUAUGCACAAAGGGAUAAAAAACAUGAGUACUGGUUUGCUGUUCCACAAGAAAGGACAGAUCACUUGUAUGUCUUCUUUAUCCAGUGGAGCCCAGAGAUAUAUGCAGAAGAUACUGGGGAAUCUCUUCGGGAACCUGGUUUUAUAGUGGUAAAAAAGAAGGAAGAGCCUGAAACUAGUGAAGAAUCUACUACUGAAGAUGCUGCAAAGGAGUGGGAG